UGCACCCUGACACAAUCUAUCAUCAAAUCUUCGCGAUGAACUACUAUCAAUUUAAAACUAGCGACCAAGGACAAACUCGGCUUCUAUAGAGUCCACAUCGGUUUCCCGGCCCCGUUCUCUCUUCAUUCCGCACCCAAGCGAGAAUAGCCGCGCCGGGUUGCUCCAGACUUUUCCGCUCUUAACCGCAAUCAGGGCCUUUUUUUCUUCACGGAAUUUCCGCCUCCUGAGCUCGUGGAGCUCUUAAUGGCUUUAAAAUUUCUGGGACCUCCCGUUCUAUGUAUGGAGUACCCGCUCUGGAUCUCCGAUUCCACUCCACUGGUGCCACCCUUUUGAUGCUGUUCUUCGCCUAGAAACGGGCCGGUUGGGCGCUUUUCCGUCCCUGUUUUCCGCGGCCAACAUCUAUACCGAGGGUGCUGUUCGCAGAUUUUGCAUCCUAUAUCAAUGGGCUUACAACCUAGGUUUAUUAGUUGCAACAAACAAUACGGGAGUAACCUAAUGCCAAACCGGGACUGUUAUAUGCAAUUCAAAAAGACAGAAUCGGGAUCCCGAACGGGUCUUCAAUUGCUGACCAUGGAGCACAUGCACAUCACAAUCACUCCAGCUAAUGACAAUACGCACAGCAAAGUAACUCCGAGGUCUGAUCUGCAUAAUGCGCGCAUUAGCCGUCGUACCAAGCUUUGAAUGUCGGAAAAUUAAGACCACAGUGCCAAGGCGAUACCGAAUAGGAAGGUCGUUUUACUUACCUGCACAGUUGCAUAUUAAUGGCCUAUGAUUGGUAGCAAUACUUUGGGCAUAGAGAGACACUAGUACCUCGUCUUACUGGAAUGCUUGACUGGGAUCUAGGUGUCCAGUGAAGACUAGACAUGCGCACUGUCAUAUCAAUGCAUGAAUGGAGAGAAUCUAGACUUCAACUCAAUGCAGUAUAUUAACUAGUCGGUCGAUCGGGUCAAUUCCAGAAGGAACCUUGUGCCCAAC